AUGGCCGACCCAUUUGCCCCGCGCUCCAUGAAGCGCAAGAACGUCAAAGGUCUUGCCUUGGCUCCUGCCGCUCCCAAGCCCCCGCCGACGGCCGAGACCUUUUACAAGGAUAAAGACGACGACAACAAUGCCCAGCUAGAGAUCGGCAUCGAGUUCAACCUGGACCUCAGGCCCGAAGAUCUGGACCUCAUCAAAGAGUUGGGAGCUGGAAACGGAGGCACAGUCAGCAAAGUCAGGCAUAUCCCGACAAAUACAGUUAUGGCUCGCAAGGUUAUCCAUGUUGAGGCCAAGAAGGAGAUGCGCAAGCGUAUCGUCCGCGAACUUCAAAUCAUGCACGGCUGCCAUUCCGAGUACAUUGUCACCUUCUAUGGCGCCUUCCUUAACGAGCACAACGAUGUGAUUAUGUGCAUGGAGUACAUGGAUGUUGGCUCGCUCGACCGUAUCUCCCGUGUCUUCGGUCCAGUCCGCGUUGAUGUCCUCGGAAAGAUUGCUGAAGCUACCCUCGGCGGUCUCACGUACCUCUACUCCAAACACCACAUCAUGCACAGAGACAUCAAGCCCUCCAACAUCCUCGUCAACUCAAAGGGCCACAUCAAGCUUUGCGAUUUCGGUGUUUCCGGAGAGCUAGUCAACUCUGUCGCCGACACCUUUGUGGGUACAUCCACCUACAUGGCUCCCGAAAGAAUCCAGGGCGACAAGUACACAGUCAAGUCUGAUGUGUGGAGUUUCGGCUUGACUGUCAUGGAGUUGGCGAUUGGCAAGUUCCCGUUCGCCAGUGAUCAGCUUGGGGAUGAUGCUGAAAAUGCUCCCGCCGGUAUUCUCGACCUUCUCCAACAAAUUGUUCACGAGCCAGCACCGAAGCUACCCAAGAGCGAUGCUUUCCCACAAAUCCUUGAGGAUAUGAUCCAGAAGUGUCUUUACAAGGAACCCGAGAGGCGGCCGACGCCUCAAGAGCUCUUUGACCGCGAUCCCUUUGUACAAGCGGCGAAGAGAACCCCGGUCGAUCUGAGAGAGUGGGCCUGCAGCUUGAUGGACCGGGACAACCGCAAGUCUCAUCUGCAGCCACAACUCUCUCCGUCGUCGCACGAUUUUCUAAGGUCCAGUGAUGAGCCUACACCCACUUCAGGUGAGAUUCCGAUUCUGGGGACUAUGGUGUCACCUCGUGAUCAACAUGGAAGCGUACCAACCCGACCCCCGCCAAGCAGCCGAACAGGCAGCGUUGGCCGCACAGGUGGACCGUCUGUACAUCCGGGACUAGGGAGCCGAGCAGCUACGACUGGCUCUCAGCCCAGAUACCCGCAGCAGGCUCCUCCUCCUCCUCCAUUCGAAAAGAGGCCCUCCAUGUCAACCGGCCAUUCGUAUACCAGUUCCUCGUCCUCGAGCCGAUCGGGCUUCGCCCUACCCAUCCGACCGGGGCCUCCGGGCCAGCCGAUGCCGCCGCCGCCCCCACGAAGACAGUUGACAGCAGAGGAACUGCAGAGGGAAAGUCGCCGGCAAGCCGCAAUGCAGCCUCCAACUGGCCGAUUUUGA